CUUCGCGGUCGCCACCGGUACACACUAUCCUACUUACACCAGGGCCUAUUUUCGGGAUACCUCUGGAUAAUUCCAACAGGCUGCCUAGAAAGACACCACCAGAAAAAGCUGCUUUAGAAAAGGCUGAAAACGCACCGCCUUGCACUUCGCAGCAAAGCAAAUGCAAAUCCAGAUCCAGCGUCCGGGCCCCGUCUACAGAAGAAUCUAAUCCAGGAGCUCUGCCAGCUGACUUUCGGCCUGGCCGUUUAUCACCUUUAGAGAUUUUGCAUCGCAUUUUUCCUAACCAAAAGAAAACUGUCAUGGAACUUGUUCUUCAAGGGUGCAAUGGGGACUUGGUGAAAGCCAUCGAACACUUCCUUUCCGUAAAUGAUGCAAUGUUUCUACCCCAUCCACCAGUCACCUACGGCUAUUCACUUGCAACCCAGGAUGUGCCUUUUGCUCCACGACCUGUGCCUCGACUUACCUUAGGAUCAAUUAAGUCAGCUUUCACUCCUCUUGUACCUCCAGCAGCUCAUACAACAACAGCUUCUCGUACCACGGAAGAUUCAACUUUGUUUGGAUCUGUACCUAGAUUAUCAGAAUCUUCACUUUAUGUUCCAUAUUCAAUUGCACAAGCUUCUCAUUUGUUUUUACAGCCAUGCCCGACUGAUUGUCAACAAUGUAGACGAACGUUUGCACUUGUUUCUGAGACAGAAACCCAACUCAGGGCAACACCUGAUGAUCAACCACCACUCAAGGAGGCUUGUGGAAGGACACAUGAAGCCGUUGAUCUUUCUGAGAGAUCAUGGCAAACUGGCAGUCCUAGUGGUUGAAAGACUUCACAAAACUUUUACACUGUACAGACUUCAUUAGAUUCCUUGCUAUUUAUACGUAAUCCAGAACCAUCAAGAUGGAAAUCAAUGGCAACAUCUGAUUCAGACACCUAAAGGGUGAUUUCAUGAAAAGUGUUUCUGUCAAAAACAGCAUGCAUCUUAUUGUAGACAUGCGUAUUUAAAGAACAGCAGAACUAUGGUAAACAUGGAACCAUAGCAUUAUUAAUAGCAUUUUCAUGCACAAACUUGAAAGAUUUUCAGAAAUGUACAUUUCCUUAUACAAUUACACCUGUAAUCUAUAUAAUUGAUAGUAUACAGGAAUAGUCAA